GGUGUGCUGAGUCCUCCGCACGGCAGGUGUCACCGUUCCCGGAAGCUGCAGUUUCUUUUUCCGGUCUGACCCACGUGUGGUUUCCCUGUGCUCUGAGUGCGGUUGUCAGGAUGGCGAAAAGUUCGGCUACUACCGAUGGGCCCAUGCUCUCUUUGGACCCCGAGCAGCAGGAAUCUUUCCAGAAGAAGGUGCUGCAGAUCAAGAGGAAGCCCAAGGAAGAAACCCUGACUCCUGGAGUCGUUUACCUCGGGCACAUUCCCAGAACCCUCCACGAGCCCCAGCUGCGGGAAUAUUUCAGCCAGUUUGGUCAUGUCACGAGGUUACGGUUGUCCCGUAGCAAGAAGACUGGAACCAGCAAAGGAUACGCGUUUGUGGAAUUUGAAUGUGAUGAAGUUGCUAAAAUUGUUGCAGAAACGAUGAACAAUUACCUCUUCUGUGAGCGGUUGUUAAAAUGUGAGUUCAUCGCCCCGGAGAAGGUGCACCCCAAGCUGUUUAUUGGGAGUGAGACCAUUUUUAAGAAGCCAACUAUUCCAGCGGUGAGACGAUACAACAAGAAGCGGACCCCCGAGGAGCAGCAAAAAAUGACAAAAAAGCUGCUGGAGAAGGAACGGCGCCUGAGGAAGCGGCUUGGAGAAAAGGGCAUCGACUAUGACUUCCCAGGAUUUGCUGCUUGUAAAAAGGAUGCUGAGGACGCCACGUCAGAGGCUGACAUAUCUGUGAACAGCCAGGAUCCCACGCCGGUUUGUACUCCGUCCUUGCUGGAGAAAAGAAAGUCUGUGUGUUUGGAGCACCAGGAAGAGAGCGACGACGAUGACGAAAUCAUAUUAAAGCUUCCAAAAGUGAAAACUUCAACCAAAAAGAAACCAAAGCUUGUGAAAUCGGACAAAAAGAGGAAGAUCAAGAAGUUGAAGAUCCAGACAGACUAAAAAUGUUAAAGGAUUAGCUAUGUUAGUCGUCGAUAGUUAUGGGACUAGCUGGCAUUGUCUGGAUCAAGUCCCAAAAAAAGUUUGGAUAAAAGACAUUUUGGG